AUGUUCCAAUGUAUUGUCUCCAAUGAUAUUGGCAGUGUUACUUCUUCAGCAUUACUUUUUGUUACUGAAUUGGCUCCUCGUUUUCAUUCAAAUGUUUUUCCUUCAAAAAUUUUUGUUGUAGAAGGAACUCAUUUAUCUAUUCCUUGCCUUGUUCAGUCCAAUCCUCCGGCAAAAACUCAUUGGAAAAAAUUGGACGACUCUUCAGAAGCUGAAGGUUUUGAAUUAAAUAAUUUUGUUGAUCAAUCAGUGCCUGGCCAAGAAAUUACUUUAUUAAAUAUUCAAAAUGCUCAAGCACUUAAUUCUGGUUUAUAUGAAUGUACAGCAAUUAACAGAUUAGGAAAAGUUAAAGCAAUAAUGCGGUUGGAAGUUAUUCCACGUCCACAAAUGUCAAUACAAAUUGAAGAAUCCAAAGAAGACCAAUUUUCAAAGAAAUUUACUUGUGAAGUAGAAAUUGCUUGUCACAGCAUUGAAGAUUGUCCUGAAGCUCUUUUUAGUUGGGAAUUUAAUGAUAAACCAAUUGAAAGUUUGACAUUUGGUAAUGGAGGACAAGAACAACACCAAACAAUUAGAAUGGGCCAAAGAGAAAAUGCUUUUAAACAAAUUGAAAAUGGAAGAAUAAAUAGGUUGGUUAAACAACAAAGUCAAUUGGAAUUACCUACAAAAUUUACAAAAGAAAAUGUUGGCCGUUUUGCUUGUAAUUCACUUUUUGGUGUAGCAACAGUUGAAGUUGAACCUUCACUUAUUUUUGUUCCUUUAAAGUUGUCGGUAGGGGAGGUACACGAUGGAAGUGUUAAAUUACUCUACAGAAUAUUACAACCACAAACUUCGAAUGUGAAAAGACGAGAUGGAAAUUAUAAACAAAAGCCAAUAGAAAAGAUUUAUCAAUUAGAUGUUCGAACAGCCCUUGAUCGGUAUUGGAGACCAAUCAGAAGAGUAGAGCUAGACGAGAACGCUAUUAGUUCAAAUAGUUUAGAGCGUGAAAUUCUUUUGGAAAAACUUGAACCGAAUCAACUUUAUCAGUUUCGGUUGAGACCGUCUACAGAAAGAGUUCAAUAUGCAACACUCUCCGAUUGGGUGCGAACGCCUGAAGCAGUUCCUUCGCAAGUUGUACAAAAUCUUCGCUUUCGAAUGCUUGACGAUCAACAUUUACUGCUUGAGUGGGAUCCAAUUGAAAGGGUGUUUCAUUCUGCUCCUCAACUUCGUUAUAAUGUUAGUUGGAAUCUCCAUGAUGGCCAACAAUUUUCUGAAUCUACAACAACUCCAAGAAUUGUCAUUAUUUUACCUUCAAAUUUAAAAAAUAAUUCUAAAGAUUGUUUAAUUUUGAAUGUUAAUGUUCGACCUUAUAAUCGAGUUGGACCUGGAAAAGUAGCAACAAGUAAAGUUGUAAGAGCGAGUGAUAAAAAACCUCAACGUUUUGCUGUCAAUCUUCAAUUAAAUACUGUCAAUUCAACCCAUUUAAAUAUUUCUUGGAAUUGGGAAGGUAUAGAUCCUUGUGAAAAUGUUUUGGGAGCUAAGAUUAUAUGUAAUGAAGAAGGAACUAGCAACAAUUUGGAUAAUUUUGGAAAUAUUAAAGAAAAGAAAGGGGGCAGACAACAAAGUAAACUUCCAAAUCUUUCAAAUUCACUUCACCAACAAAUAUCUCAAUCUGUGCCUUCAGAAUAUAAUUUUUGGCUUUUUGGUGGAUUAUUACCUGAACGAAAUUAUUUUUGUAAAAUAAUUGCUUUUGAUCAAUAUGGAAGAAAUGGUCCAGAAAGAAUUGAAAGUUUUGGAAGAGGGAGGACAGCAGAAAAAGCGCCUGAUAAAGCUCCUGAAAUUAGUUUUGUGCUGGUUAAAGAAAUUGAAGAUUUGGAUUCGGAGAUUGAUAAAGGUACAUCAUCAACAAUAAAUAAAAGAGGAUAUGCUUUAUUACUUGAUUGGAGACCUGUUCCUCUUACGUUAACAACAACAACAAUAAUAAACGAGUCUUAUUCUGCAAAAGAUGGUUCUUCGUUGACAUCCAAGAUUAGAUCAGAGAUCAGAAAAAGUGAAGAAAAUAGUAGCAGGCAGAGAGGAUACAAGAUUUUUGUCUACGUGACGGAAACUGCUGAACAACCUAUUGAAUUAACUCUUUCUGAAGCAGAGCUGCACGAACCUCAAAGGCCUUCUGCUCGAAUUGAUGGUUUAAAGCCAAUGUUUUAUUAUAGCAUUCAAAUUGCAGCUUUCAAUCCUGGCGGAAUCGGACCUCUUAGCGAAAGAAUUCCUGUUCGGGUUGGUCUACACAGGCAGCAACAAUUAAACGAUGAAUGGAAUGCUGGCAGUCGAAGCAAAAGAUUAAAUUUUAUUAUUUUAUUCGUAUUUUUCACCAUUGUAAUGUGUUAUUCUAUUGAGAGGAUAUUUUAA